UCACCUUAUCUGUUUUAACAGAAAUACGUUGUAAAUUGAAGAAUUAGUUAUCAAUUACAUUUAAUUAUGUUUACUUAAAGUAAUUGUUUAUAAUUACUUUUUAUUCAAAUAUUAUUUACUAAAUGCGCAGUAAAUGACUUAUGUAUAUUGUCAAAGAGAAAGAGCGACGUAUGAUUUUAUCGCAAACAAAAACUGGGGUUUCCUACAAAAAAAAUUUUGUUCACAUCUGCAUUUUUACCAGGUUUAUUUAGUUGAAUCCCUUCGAUCCUUUCGCACGUGUUCGUACGUGUCUGUUCUUAUAAAUUUAACAAUAAUAAUUAAUUUUUUAUUUAUUUAGUGCGUGAUUAAAAUGUAAGAAGUUAGUAUUGGAGAAAAAGAUAAGGUCUUGUUUCGUCCUCCAGACUGUCGCCAACCCUAUGAUAUCAUAGUUUUUUGUUAGAAACGUAGGUCGCCAUGUUAAUUUCACCAUCUGAAAAAAAGUCCACGGCCGAAGAACAACAUCAAUCAAGUGAUGUUAACGAAGAUGAACUAACUAGAACUGAAAUCAGUAUAGAUUUAUCCAGACUUCCUCCAAAUACUCCUAAGUCCAAGAAAAACAUCACCAUUCAAAUAACGAAUUUGGACGAUAUUUCAUCGAACUUAGAAGAUAGUCGUCUUUUUAAUACAUCAUCUCCUUUAACAAAAGAUAAAUUAAUUAAAUUAAAAAUUAAGAUGCCAAAAUCGCCGAAAACACCUAAAUCGCCAAAAUCACCCAAAAAUCACGAUUUAAAAAGGGACAAAUCCUUUUUCACUGAAAAAGAUUUUUCCACUUUACCGAAAGAGUUUAUUAAAUUCGCAAAUUCGAUGAUUUGCGGUGAUGGUGAGCCAAAGAAAGAGAUUAAAUGGGUAAAUUCCGAAGCGAAAAAAAGAUAUUGCGAUAAGACUUUGAACGAAGAAAGACGAACUAAGCGAAAUGUAGAUAAAGAAUUUGGCGCUUUAAGUCCUAUCAAUCAAGAUACCGAAACGUUAAUACCUUCCAGUACUUUUAAAGAAGCCGAUGAAAAGUUUGAACCAGAUUACAGCUUUCUAGAAAUUAAUGAAAGCAAGGAAAUAGAAGGAAUUCAAGAUGAUUUUAGUGGUGUUAAAAUCUGUGAUGUAAUUGAAAAAAGAAAAGUACCUGAAACACAAGUUACUUUUAAACCUUACGAAGAUAUAAUCGCGAAAUUAAAACCUUAUUCGAAAUAUCGAAUGCAAUAUUUGCAUAAUUUAAGGAAAUUGCAAAAUAAAGAGUGCAAUAAGUAUCCCAAAGAAGAAUUUUAUGUACCAACGACGGAACAAACUCCGAAAAACACAAAAAAUAAUAAUCUUUUCGAUUUAGACGAAAACAAAAUCAUCCAAUUAGUAAAUCAAUCGUCCAAAUAUCGACCGUUAAUGGGUAAAAACGCCUUGUAUUCAAAAAUGAAGAAAACUCAUCCGGAAAACGAUUCCAAAAUCAUUAAAGACCUUGUCACAGAGAAGUUUUCACCGUUUUUUGACCGAAGACGAAAAGAAAGGCGCGAUAAUAAUUAUAGUUUACCGAUAGAUUCCUUAAAUUACAACAAAGAACAAAUCCAAAAAAUUAACAACAAUUUAAAUCAAACUAUUCAUCGUAUUGUUGUAAACGAAGAAGUAUACGCUGUUAUUAACAAAAAUAAUAAAUCAAAAGAAUUGGAUUUGAAAUCUUCUUUUAACGGUAAUCAAGAAAUUGAAUUAUGGAGCGAAAUGAAAACCGAAACUGAUUUAAAAGGCGAAAUAAAAAGUGAAUUAAAAACGGAAGUAAAAACUGAAUUUAGUGCUCAAUCUGAUUACGACAUCGAAAAAUUUUUACAAAACGCCAUCGGUGAUGUUAGUUUAUUAUCACAAACAAUGACAUCCUUUUCUCCUUGUUCACAGGACGUGUCCAAUGCUAGCAACAUCGUCUUGAAGAACGAAGAAGACCAUAGUAUUGCAACCGGAGAAAUGUCGCUUUUAGUAUCAAAAGCAAGCAGCAUUAGUACUUUUUGUAGCGCGAUUUGGCGAAGAGUCGCCAGAAGAAACAGCGCUAUCGCUCCGCAAGAAGAGAAAGGAACUGAAAAUGAAGAACAAUUACGUAAAGAAGAACGAAAUAAACGCAUCACUCUUCUUCAACAGGAAUCUUCGGUUCAAAAUGAAAUUAUUAGACAAGCUUCAAAAGCUUUGGAUUAUUGUGAACAUUUACCUGGAAUUGAUUUCUUAAGUCAACGUGUUGAAGCUGAAAGAGUUAUUUUAAUUGCAACUCAUAAAAACAAAAUGAUUCAACACGAAAUAGAAGAUGUUACAUAUUAUUCAACAAUUCGUACAACCUGCAAUUAUUUGGGAACCUUUAAAAUAGAAAAUCUCGAGUUCAAAAUAAAAGAAGUUUACCCAAAACUAAAUAAUGAUUAUUCUCAAUGGUACGUUUGCGUAAUAAACCGUGGUACUGAAACAUUGGCGUCUUCGGCAGUUCAAGCACAAGAAGACGGAAGCGUGAUUUUCAAGGAAGACUUUUCCUUCGACUAUUUACCACCAGAUUUUGAAGUGGGGGUUUCCGUUUUUACACUCAAGGUGAAGAAAGCUAAGGAGAAUCGAAGUACGUUACAAAGAAUGAAAUUCUUCAGUUUCCGUCGUAAUCCAAAACCGUCGGCUACAAAAACCUUAACUUCGAGAUUUUCAAAAACUUCGCUAAGAAGUCCAAAUAAGGAAUACGCACUCCAAACGAAUCCAAUAAGGCAAACGUCAUUCUUGCUCUUAGGAGAAACCACCAUAACGAUUAAAGACGUACAAAAAAACAAAUUAUCUUUAACAAAUCUUGUUAAUUUCGCCAAUAUAUUAGAAAACUUCUCCGCGUCAAUGUAUACGAGUGUUAACAUCGAUGAAACCUACUCCGAUUUUCUUAAUAUCGGAACUGAAAAUGGCGAGAAUAUUAUUUGGAAUAGAAGAUGGUGUACGCUGUUAAAUACCCAAUUUAAAUAUUGGAAUUCUCCAAAUGAUGAAGAAACUGAUGAACCUUUGAAAACGAUUGAUUUAACUUAUUCGAUUAGAGAUGUUUUACACGCUGAUAGAUCAAUUUGUCCGCGAGCUAAGACGCUUCAAUUGGAUGUUUUGAUUCCGUUACAACCUAACGGUGAUCAAUAUACAAUCGAAAGAUAUUUUUUGACUUCUGAUACUUCUGAAAGUAUGCACAAUUGGGAUAAAUAUUUUAACUCAAUUAUUUCAACUUUAAGAGCUUGGAACUGCAUAAAAUCUACCGGCGGUUGUUAAAUUAAUUAAAUGAUUUAUUAAUUUUGACUUAAGAUAUUUAUAUUGGUUAUUACUUUUGCGACAUUUUGAUGAAUAUUUUUUUUUAGAUAUUACGACGUUAUUGAUUUUUGUGUUCAUUUUUUUUCUUUAUAUAUUAUUAAGGAAGAUUAUUAAGUAAGAUUAUCAAGUAGUAAGUGAAGCAUUAUUUGAUAUAUUUUUAAGAUUAAGAAAAUAUACCAAUGAAGAUUUUUGGU